GCCCACGCCAGGCCUCGUCUGUCGUCAACAAAUAAGGUAAAAAGCCUUCCUUCCAAAUCGGCGCUUAUACAUCAUGUUUCCAUUUUAGGGUUUUUAGCUUGGAUUGCGUAAAUCUCCGUCCGUCGGGGCCGCCAGAUCCCGACAAUGGCGGCGCCGAAUCACAAUUCAAGCCUCCACUACUUGCGCUCAAAAGCCUCUUCUUCUCACAAGGCAAUCGCAUUGUCGGAUCAGGAGCCUCUAACCCUCAGACGAUCCCCGAGGCUGUGCAGAGAUCAGCAGAGUAAUGGCAAGCGCGGUGAGAAAGCCAGGUCUUCGGCUGCUGGACAACCGCCGCAAAAGAAGCCAAGGACCGUUGAUUCUUCGAAGAAACGGAAUGAGUCGGGCGUUGCGUCGUUCUUCAUCGGCGAUCCUGUGCCCAGCGAAGAAGCUAGACGAAGAUGGCCUUGGCGAUACGAGAUCAUGAAAGGCCAGAUAAGCAAGGGCAGAAGCUUGAAAUCCAGUAGUGAUGAAGAAGAUGAGUUGAUUUUGAAUGUAGAAUGUCACUACACUCGAGCUCAAAUUGAAAAGGUUGUCUUUGCCCUAGGAGAUUGUGCAUAUGUGAAGGGACAGGAAGGGGGUGAAAAUUAUGUGGGAAAGAUUCUAGAAUUUUUUAAAACUAUGGAUGGUGAAGAUUAUUUUAGGGUUCAAUGGUUCUUUAGGGCUGAAGAUACGGUAAUGAAUGGUGAAGCAUCAUCUCAUGCGAAGAAGCGUCUAUUCUAUUCUACUUUAAUGAAUGAUAAUGCAUUAGAUUGCAUUGUCUCCAAAGUGAAGAUUGUGCAGAUAACUCCAAGUGUACAUUUGAAAUCAAAACGUAUUCCACCUUGUGAUUUUUACUAUGAUAUGAAAUACUCUGUAGACUACUCAACAUUUUGUACAAUGGAAAGUGAUUGCAGUUAUUUAUAUUCGUCCCCUUCCCCAAAGGAAGUUCAAGUUAAUAAAACUGUGGCUAAUUUCAAAAGACCAUCUGUUAACAAAUUGUACAAAUCGGAGCUAGCACUGUUAGAUGUUUAUGCUGGUUGUGGUGGGAUGUCAACAGGGUUGUGCCUUGGUGCGAAACUUUGUGGUGUAGACCUUGCAACGAAAUGGGCUAUUGACAUUGAUAAAGCAGCAUGUGAAAGCUUGAAGUUGAAUCAUCCUGAGACUCAAGUAAGGAAUGAAUCUGCAGGGGAUUUCCUUGACCUGUUGAAGGAGUGGGACAAACUUUGCAAACGUUAUGUAUUCAGCAAUGUUUCAAAGUCACCAGGAACAAAUGCUAGGUUCACAAGAGCAUCUAGUAAGGAUGUACAUUCAAAAUCUGACAGCAAGAUUCCAACAGGUGAGCAUGAAGUUGCAAGCUUGGUUGAUAUUUGCUAUGGAGAUCCCAAUGAGUCAGGAAAGCGUGGGCUUCAUUUUCAGGUGCGUUGGGUGGGCUAUGGUCCAAGGGAGGACACAUGGGAACCGAUUGCGGGGUUGAGUAAAUGUGAAGACCAUAUACGAGAUUUUGUACUAAAGGGGUCAAAGAAAAAAAUAAUACCACGUCCGGGAGAUGUCGAUGUUAUAUGUGCAGGCCCUCCAUGCCAAGGAAUAAGUGGCUAUAACCGCUUUAGAAAUUUUGGUUCUCCAUUGGAUGAUAAAAGAAAUCAUCAAAUCGUAGUCUUUAUGGAUAUUAUAAACUUUUUAAAGCCUAAGUAUGUUCUAAUGGAAAAUGUAAUUGACAUUUUGGGGUUUGCCAAGGGUACACUUGGAAGAUAUGCUUUAAGUCGCUUGGUUCGCAUGAACUACCAAGUAAGGCUAGGCAUUAUGGCUGCUGGGUGUUAUGGCCUUCCUCAGUUCCGGUUACGUGUUUUUUUGUGGGGUGCUCAUCCACUUGAGAAACUACCGCAGUUUCCACUUCCCACACAUGAUGUGGUCUUGAAAUAUGGGCCUCCAAGUGAGUUUGAGCAAUGUGUUGUUGCAUACGAUGAAGGCCAGUCUCCAGAAUUAGAAAAAGCUCUUGUCCUCAGUGAUGCCAUUUCUGACCUUCCUGCAGUAAAAAAUGAUGAAAUUCGUUACAAGAUGGCCUACAGAAAACCGCCAGAGACAGAUUUCCAAAGAUAUAUAAGAGUGACAAAAUAUGAUAUGAUGGGUUCUGCACACAGCCUUGCACCCACAAAAGAAGAAGCAGUGCUGUUUGAUCAUCGGCCUCUCCCUUUAAGUGAAGAUGAUUUUUUACGAGUUCGUCAAAUCCCAAAGAGAAAGGGUGCAAAUUUCAGGGACCUCCCAGGUAUUGCCAUAGGAGCUGAUAAUGCUGUUCAAAGGAAUCCAACAGUGGAGCCAAUACUGUUGCCAUCUGGAAAGCCAUUGGUACCUGAUUAUGCAAUAAAUUUCCGUGAUGGGAAGUCUCAGAGACCAUUUGCCCGAUUAUGGUGGGAUGAGACGGUUCCAACUGUGCUCUGUCGACCAGAUCUUCACAACCAGGCAAUUUUACAUCCGGAGCAAGAUAGAGUCCUUACAAUUCGGGAGUGCGCCAGACUGCAAGGUUUUCCUGAUUAUUACGAGUUCUGUGGGGAUGUCAAAGACAGAUACCGUCAAAUAGGCAAUGCGGUGACUGUAUCAGUAGCCCGGGGUUUAGGAUACGCGUUGGGAAUGGCGGCACGGAGGUUAAGUCAUGGUGACCAACCUCUUCUCAUUCUCCCUCCUGCCUUCUCGCAUUCCUCCACUGCCCAGUUGUUGCAUCAAGAGUCCCCUCAAGUUUGACCUGCUGCUGCUGAGUUUACUUGCUGUGAAAUGAGACUACUAUUUAACACAAUGAUGGCCAGCCGGCCUUUGUCUAACUUUUAAUUGUUUCCAAGUUCCGUCUUAUUCUUCCUCAUGGAACUUUGCUAUACUCAAACACCGCUGAUUCAUCCGUUACCUGACAAUAGAAGAACGUGUAUCUGCAA